GAAAUUCAUAAAAAAUGGGUAUUGAUACUCAAAGAUUUAUAAAACAAGUCCCUGACAAGUUGCUUUGCUUUAAAUGUGAAAAUGUUUUGGUAAAACCAAAGCAAUGAGGAUUAUGCUCUAUUAUGAUAUGCAAGGAUUGUCUCGAUGAUUUGAACAAGAAACCUUGCAAUUGAGGAGUUAAGUAUGUCUCAACCAAUAAAUUCUUACUAAAUAAACUGCAGAGUUUGAUUAUCAAAUGCAAAUACUACCCUGCAGGAUGUAGCUUCACAGCCAGGUUAGGAGAGAUUGCUAAACAUGAAGCUCCUUGACACUUCAAAAACUCCGCCAUGGCAGCUGGUAGCAGAGAUUCAUUCUCUACCAAGAGCAAAGGCUCAAUGCCUAAACCUUUAAAACCAGUGGUUGAUGUUAAUGAUCUGCCUGAUAAAGAAUCUCCGUUUAGUGAAAGCACUUACUUUAUCACAUGCAUGAAGGGGUGCAACAAACGAAUCUUGACAAAGAAAGAGUUUGAGAGUCAUAGCUGCAUUGAUCACCUCAAGAACAUUAUUAAAGAUCAGAAUAAAGAAAAAGAAAUGCUCAAGGGACAUCUUCAAGAGGCUGAGAAAGAUGUGAAAGAUCUUUUCCAAGAAAUAAACAGAUGUAAGCUCAAUCAAGAAUCCGCUAUUGAUGAGCUUAAAGAGAAACUAAUGUUCUUGGAAAAUAAGAAUGCAGCUUUGAAGGAACAAAGAGCAAGGAAGGUCAAUAAUUAUGAGGAGAGACGUAAUGAAGAGAAUAUGAAGAAUGAGCAAGAAUCUGAUCUUUCCUUUAUUAAUUUUAUCCAAACUGCAGAAAAGGACUUCAUUGUUUAUAAUCAAAGAAUAAACACUGACUUCGAUAAAUACAAGGACAGGCUUAAUGAAGAAACUUAUACUUAUAAGCUGAAGACCAAAGCUAAUUCAAUGAUGAAGGAGACAGCAAAUUUUGAUGGAGGCUAUAAGAGAAAGUCUCCGAAGAAGAACAAGUCUCUGAAAACAACUCCAAAGGCAAAGAUAGCAGGAAAGAAGAGAUAAAGCAACCCUAAAACCUUUAUUAGACGAGAGAGUAAUAAAUUUAUGCUAAAUAUUGAUUGUUUGGCUUAAA